AGCGGCGUCGCAGGCAGAGCGGUCGCCAUGGCAACGCCCAGGUGAGCAACGCCAGGGAGGUUACGUGUUGCCUCGCUGUUCAGUCAUCUACUAUGAUCGUUUUUCUCCUGAGUCCGAUGACGUGCGCUUUCCAGGGGACCGCCAGUGCUCCUCAGAUGUUCAACAUGCAUUCGUAGAGAGAGGAAAGGCAUCAAUGGAGUGUCUGUUCUGGUGUUUCUGAAGAGCUUUCCAGAGUCGACAUGUAGCAGGCCAAGGUCACACUCGCUCUAACAAUAAUAGACCUGUAGCUGGCCUUGUGUUGACAGAAUAAGUCAGACGGUGAGAAUAUGUAUGCGUUAAGUGAGUGUAAUGCUUUACGAAAAUGGUAAUUUGUAAUAUAUUUACAAUUGUUUCGACAACCUUAGAGCGAAAUAUGAGCAUAGCACACAUGGCGUUCAAAUCACCCCAUUCCACUUUGGGCUUAUGCAGACUGUGAAGUUUUACACCCUUGAAAUAAGCUCCUGGGCAUUCAGAAUUAUAGUGUAAUCAGUAUCGGAAUUCAUAAAUGUUUAUGAGAAUGAACUGCUUGUGGAAUUUGGUAAUAAGAGUCGCCUCCUCCGUCAUGGCCUGGGUGCCCAGGGCACGGCUGUGCUGCCAGCCCGCUGGCCUGCUGUUCUUGUGUGUUAGUGUGGGCGUGUUUAUGGUGGUGAGAAUAUGGGAAAACCUUCUUCCAAAUGCCCCCGCCCUCCCGCCCACGCCCCUCAGUGCCAGCCCUCUCUACCCGUCCCGUCUCCCGCUCCUGGACCUGCAGGACUUCUCCUACGUCAUCAACAACGACGUGUGCGGCCACGGCAGCGACGUGUUCGCCGUCGUCAUCGUGCACACGCACCCCGCCAACCGGGAGGUGCGAGACAUCAUGCGCGCCCAGAUCCCCCAGCAGGACCUGCAGGACGUGGGCGUGCGGCGCGUGUUCCUGCUGGCCCGCGCCGAGUGGCACGACCAGCAGCUGUACCAGCAGACGCCGCAGUCCGACAUCGACCGCGAGAACGUGCAGAACCAGGACAUCGUGCAGGGCAACUUCAAGGAGCACUAUCACAACCUGACGUACAAGCACGUGAUGGGCCUGCAGUGGGUGACGCGCUACUGCUCGCAGGCCAAGUACAUCAUCAAGAUGGACGACGACAUCGUGGUCGACCUGUACCAGUUCCGAGACCUGCUCAGGUACAGGUACUACGAGAGGACCAACCUGAUCCUGGGGCUGCUGCAGGUGGAGGCCCGGCCGGUGCGCAACAAGGAGAGCAAGUGGUACGUAAGCGAGGCAGAGUUCGCCGACGACUUCUACGCCCCCUUCAUGUCGGGGUGGGCGUACGCCAUGACCCUCGACGCCGCCCGACGAAUUGUGGCCGAGUCGUCCGCGGUGCCCUACUUCUGGAUCGACGACGUGCACGUGACGGGCACGCUGGCCGAGCGCACCGGCGUGAAGCGCGAGGGCCUCAACCGCUUCUACACGCUGCACGUCGACCACCUCUACUGCUGCGUCGAGCUGCCCGAGAGCGCCGAGUACCUGUGCGACUUCCUGGCGGGCCCCUCGGAUGGCGACACCGCCGUCAUGACCAAGGUGCUGGGCCAUGCCAGGUCCUGCUACGUCAACACCUGCUACCGGAGGCCCCCGGACCACAGCGUGUCCAAGAUGUGCGUGCGGACCAAGGUGCCCCCCCUGGCACCGCUCGGGAAGGGGCGCGGGGAGAUCGUCAGGGUGUCAAGGUAACGCCAGGUCAAGCAGGCGCCCGUCGACGCUGCCGAGGCUCAAAGUUCAAGGGUGGUUGUACUAGGUCUUUAAAAAAACUCUCUCUCUGUCUCUGUCUCUGUCUCUCUCUCUCUCUCUCUCUCUCUCUCUCUCUCUCUCUCUCUCUCUCUCUCU